GGGCCUUUGCAUCAGUCCCAGGCUGGGCAUAAAGGAGGGUCCUGCAGGCUGUGAGGAGGCAGACUUGGGGACCAUGGAGACCCAGAGGGACAGUCGUUCCCUGGGGCGGUGCUCACUGUGGCUACUGCUGCUGGGCCUGGUGAUCCCUGCGGCCACCGCUCAGGCCCUCAGCUACGAGGAGGCCGUGCUCCGUGCUGUGGAUGGCCUCAACCAGCGGUCCUCAGACGAUAAUCUCUACCGUCUCCUGGAGCUGGACCCGCAGCCCAAGGGAGACGAGGACCCAGACACCCCAACGCCUGUGAGCUUCACGGUGAAGGAAACUGUGUGCCCCAGGUUGACACCGCAGCCACUGGAGCAGUGUCCCUUCAAGGAGAAUGGGCGGGUGAAACAGUGUGUGGGGACAGUUAUCCUGGACCCAGGCAAGGAGUACUUUGACAUAAGCUGUGAUGAGGUGAGUGGCCCAUUCUGGUUUGGAGGUGCUGAUGUGGGCAGGUGGUGCGUGGAACAUCAUAUGGACCAAUUAACCAGUGCCCCAUGCAGGGCAGAGAAAGCCCCUCCUACCCUAGGUUCCUCCCUCCACCUGAGCUCAGCAAAAGAGCGCAGCGCGGUGGGCGUGCAAAUCGCCGCCGCCGCUGCUGCCGUGGCUACCUCGCCUGUCAUGUCAGCGCAGAUGUGGGCCCCGCGGGAGCAGCUCCUGGGCUGGGCUGCAGACGGGGCCGGCGUCAGCAGUAUCCGAGGCUGA